AUGAGCACCGACAAGAAGCUUUUACAUCUGGUGAAGAAAUAUAUGCCAACGAGGCCAGACGAGCCGCCCAAUGCUGACUAUAUCAUGAACUGCUUGACUACGAAUCACCCGGAAUAUCGGCGAAAAUUUCAAACGAAAUUCAAAGUAAACGUCGAACGAGCCAUCGAGGAAAUUGUCAAGGCGGAUGAAGGAGCAUCGGAAUCAACAUCAAAGAAAAGACCCCUGGAAGAAGAUCCAGAGGAAGAAGAGUAUGAGAAAAAGGCACGUGAACACGAUUUGCAGCGAAUUGGCGAAACAAACAGUCUAAACGCUUCCUUGGUGCAGAAAUAUCGAAAGAUGACUGAAAUCAAAGACAAUGAAGCGAGAGAAAAAGAAAAGACCGAGGUUGAGAAAAUCACACCGAAGAAAAGUGGCAAACGGAAAAAAGCUCAAAGGCGGGCUUCGGCGAGCAACCCAGAAUUUCCUGGGGCUAAAGACUUAGACGUGAUUGCUCCUGUUCCUCGUCCAAGCGAAAGAUACUCUGAUUUGGGAGGUAUGGACGAUGUGCUUCAGCAGAUUCGCCAGCUUGUAGAAUAUCCACUGGUACGGCCAGAAAUAUAUCGGCAUUUGGGAGUUCAUCCUCCGAGAGGUGUUUUGCUUCGGGGUCCUCCAGGGUGUGGAAAAACGCAUCUCUCCAAUGCCAUUGCAGGUCAACUUGGCGUCCCGUACUUUCGAGUUAGUGCUCCAGAACUCGUCUCUGGUAUGUCGGGAGAGAGCGAAGCUCGAAUUCGUGAUUUAUUUAAGGCAGCAUCGGAGGCCGCUCCAGCAGUUGUUUUCUUGGACGAACUUGAUUCCAUCGCUCCCAAAAGAAGUGACGGGGGAUCUAGUCGAGGAAUGGAAAAGAGAAUGGUGGCUCAGUUGUUGACCAGUUUGGAUAUGUUGGAUCCAAAAUACAACCGGCAACAAGCAGCUGUGAUCGUUUUAGGUGCAACGAACAGACCUGACAGCAUCGAUUCUGCACUGCGGCGGGCUGGACGUUUCGACAAGGAGAUUCUGCUUGGAGUCCCAGAUGAGGAUGCUCGUAUUGGCAUCUUGCAGACUAUGACCAAGGACAUGAAAUUGGGCGGGGACUUUAAUUUCAAAGACUUGGCUAGGAGGACGCCGGGGUACGUGGGUGCUGAUAUCCGAAGUUUAACCAAAGAAGCUGCGGUCAUUGCCAUCAACCGCAUAUUCAAGGAUGUUCUAAAGGAUCAAAAGCUACCCUCUGACGAUAUUGAAAAUGCAGAUGGGGAUAUUUCGUCCGUUACGCCGCUGACAGAGGAAGAGAUGGAACCAUUACAUGUGACAAUGAAUGACUUUUUGGAGGCUGUGCCCUUGGUGCAACCAUCUAGCAAACGCGAAGGAUUUGCCACUGUUCCAGGAGUUAGCUGGGACGACAUAGGUGCACUAGGUAGCAUUCGGGAAGAAUUGGGACUUAGUGUACUGGAACCCAUUCGAAAUCCAGAAAAGUUUCAAGCUUUGGGUAUUCCACUUCCCGCCGGUGUCAUGCUCUACGGACCUCCCGGAUGUGGAAAAACUUUAUUGGCCAAAGCCAUUGCCAACGAAAGUGGUGCCAACUUUAUCAGUGUCAAGGGUCCCGAACUCUUGGACAAGUACGUUGGGGAGAGCGAACGAUCGGUCCGCUUGGUGUUUGAGAGGGCGCGUAGUUCAAGCCCUUGCAUUGUAUUUUUCGACGAGUUGGAUUCGCUGUGUCCCAAACGUGGAAGCGAUGGAGGUGGCGGUGGAGGAGUCAGUGAGCGCGUGGUCAAUCAAUUAUUAACUGAAAUGGAUGGUCUUGAGAGUCGCCGAAGCGUCUUUGUCAUUGCAGCUACAAAUCGCCCGGAACUGAUCGACCCUGCUAUGAUGAGACCUGGUCGAUUGGACAAACUACUGUAUGUACCGCUUCCAACACCGGACGACCGAUACGCCAUUCUGAAAGCCCUGGCAUUCAAGGUAAAGCUUGGACCAGAUGUAGACUUGAAGCAGAUCGCCCACAGCCCUCGAGCCGAAGGAUACAGUGGUGCUGACUGCGCUGCCCUGUUGCGAGAGGCAGGUUUAGCCGUCUUGAAGGAAAGCAUGAAAAAAUCUGUUGCCAUGCCUGACAAUUCUGCUUCCUCCGCCCUCCCCGACGAAGCUCCGGCGGCUCUUUGCAUCAAAGAAAGUCACUUUCAAUACGCCUUUGACCACGUCAUACCAUCCGUUUCACGCAAAGAUCAAGCUCGGUACAAUCGAAUGCGAGACCGCAUGGCGCAUGCCCGUAGCCGUGGUGCAGUAGUAUCUGAAGUGAAAGACGAGGAAGAUGGAGUGGACGAGAAAAGUAGCAAAACAACAACACCGAGCGGAAUCAAGUCGGAAGACAAGGAUGAAAACACGAAUAUGGAGCAAAGUUAG